AUGGGUCGCCGGCGGACUGCGAUUCUCCUCUCACUGGUGGCUCUGGUCGUCACUUUCACCCUCCUCCCACAAGCCGAGUCGGGGUCGAAGUUAGUUAAGGGCAAGACGACCGCUUCCACCACUGGAUCCAACGCUCCCGGCGUUCACGUGCGCAUCACCAUCGGCGGAAACACCGGCGGCGGUAGCGGCAGCGGCAGUGGCAGUGGCAGUGGGAGUGGUAGCGGGAGCGGAAGCGGUAGGGGCGGCGGCGUGCGGUCGCGGUCGGCGGGUUCGGGGAGGAAUCCAGGGUUCAUGCGAACGUAUACCGGCAAGAUCCCCAGCUACGCGCCCAAGGCCAUUUCGUACAAGAGCGGCCCGGUGAUGUCCCAACCCCUUGAGGUCUACCUCAUCUGGCACGGCACGUGGCCGUUGUCGCAGAAAACUCCCGUGCAGAAGUUUGUCGAUUCCAUUUCCGACACCACGCUCGCCAACAAGCCCGGCAGCGUCAGCGACUGGUGGAACAUUAACCGCCUCUACAAGGCCGGCGCCACCUACGUCACGCCCACCGUCUCCCGCAGCAACACGGAGAUCAACAUCUUAGCCGCGUCAUCAGCCUCGGGCCAGAAACCCCUGAAGAAAGCUGAGCUGUUGGCUCUUAUCAACUUCCAAAUUCUGUCGGGAUCGCUGCCGCGAAUCAGCAGCGCCGUCUACGUCAUCCUCACUUCGGCUGAGGUGGAUGUCGACGGAUUUGGCAGCGACUUCUGUGCGUUCCACGAUUACAGCGGGAGCAUCAAGUGGAUGUGGGUCGGCAUGCCCGAGAGGUACCUGUCGAGGUGCGCGCAUCAAGCGGCGGCAGGCCUCGAGUACCCCAACGGCGACAGAAUUCUUGACGGGCUGAUUUCCAACUUCGCCCACGUGCUUUCGGAGACGGUGGUUAACCCUAACCUCAACAGCUGGUCGGACGAUAACGGAAACGAAAACAUGGAUCUGUGCCAGGACAUCUGGGGCACCGAAUACCUCACUGAUGACAGCCCCGCUGUACAGUACAACGCUGUGGGUGUAGACGACUACAAAUUCUUCCUGCCUACGAACCUCAAUCCCACCACCGGGUUUUGCAUGAACGGGCUGUCUGUGCUCCCUGGUGUGUGCGGGAAGGAGCUUUUCAACUACCCGUGCGACGCUGGUGGCCUGUAG